GGUCGUCCAACCUGCACACUAACUCCGAGCCUCGGACGCUAAACCACACCCCUCCAACCCAUCACAAUACACCACCCACAACCACAAUGGCCCCGCCAAACAACCUCCUCAUCGACGUCCGAUCCCCGCUCGAGUUCUCCACCGGCGCUCUCGCCAACGAUCUUUACUCGGCCACAAACAUCGAAUACACCUCCAUCGCGAGCCUCCCCGCCGUCUACGCCGCGCUCGGCACGCAAGUAGCCAAGACAGAUAAUAUUACGCUGUACUGCCGGUCAGGGCGAAGAUCGGAUAUCGCGCUACAGGAGUUGAGGGCGCUGGGGUACGUGAAUGUGAGGGAUAUUGGGGGGUUUGAAGAGGCGAGGGCGGUGCUUAUGAUGGAGGAGACGGAGAGGAGGAGUAUAAGGGAGGUGGAGGGUAUGAAGAGAAGAGAUGGAAAAGAGAGGGUCGAGGGUCGGAAGAAGGCAUUUGGGGCGCUGUUAGAGGGGUUGAAGGAGUGUGAACAGGGAUAAUCGAGAAGGACUUAGGGUACGGAAUACAGAUUCUCGUGCUUGUCAUGUCUCUUUUCUAUUCACCGCCGCCUACGCCUACUAUGUAACCUUCAGCUAUUUACGCAGCCGACGCCGACGCAGUAGCAGUGGGAAAGUUGGUCGGACGGGGUCCGGUAGGAGGAGGUCCACCUCCAGGGGGUCCGCCAGCACCAGCGUUGGGGUUCUUCACGCCGCCGUUCUCGGUCAGGUACACGGCAGGGGUGACGUUACGGGCAGCAGCGGUGUCGAUGCCGAAAGCAAUCCAGCCGAA